AUGCAGGGGGACUCGCAGCCGAUGCAGGGGGACUCGCAGCCGAUGCAGGGGGACCCGCAGCCGAUGCAGGGGGACCCGCAGUCGAUGCAGGGGGACCCGCAGUCGAUGCAGGGGGACUCACAGCCGAUGCAGCCGAUGCAGGGGGACUCGCAGCCGAUGCAGGGGGACCCGCAGUCGAUGCAGGGGGACUCGCAGCCGAUGCAGGGGGACCCGCAGUGGAUGCAGGGGGACUCGCAGUCGAUGCAGGGGGACUCGCAGUCGAUGCAGGGGGACUCGCAGCCGAUGCAGGGGGACUUGCAGCCGAUGCAGGGGGCCUCGCAGCCGAUGCAGGGGGACUCACGGCCGAUGCAGGUGACUUGCAGCCGAUGCAGGGGCCUCGCGGCCGAUGCAGGGGCCUCGCAGCCGAUGCAGGGGGACUCGCAGACGAUGCAGGGGGACUCGCAGACGAUGCAGGGGGACUCGCAGACGAUGCAGGGGGACUCGCAGCCGAUGCAGGGGGACUCGCAGCCGAUGCAGGGGGACUCGCAGCGCCGCCCCCGUGCCGUCUUAUGA